AUGGAGGGUCAACAAUCUGAAAUGGAGAUAGAGGUCCCUGAAUACUCUGACUUUGUGGAGCAAGAACAGAUUCAGAAGAGAAGCUUCACCAACUGGAUCAAUGCUCAACUAUCUAAGAGGAGCCCUCCCACAACAGUGCUGGACCUGUUCUCUGACCUUAGAGAUGGGGCUCGCCUCCUUGACCUGCUCGAGGUGAUGAGCGGCCAGCGCAUGAAACGGGAGAGGGGCCACGGGUUUUUUCAGCACAGGGGUAACAUUCAGACGGCCUUGAACUUCCUCAAGAAGAAAUCGGUUAAACUGGUGAACAUCAACAUCCCGGACAUCAUCGAGGGACGUCCCUCCAUCAUCCUGGGCCUCAUAUGGACCAUCAUCCUCCACUGUCACAUUGAGGAGCUGGCCAGCACACUGUCCUUCAGCUCACGCCACUCUUCCUUGGACUCCCUGGCCAGUCUGGACUCUCGCUCCAGUAGCCCUGCCCUGGGAAGCCCAACCCCAGGUAGUCCUGCCCCUCGCGGGCGAGCUUCGCCCCUCCACACUCGCUUCCGCGUCUCGGCCAAGAAGGCCCUGCUGAUGUGGGUCCGAGACCAGUGCCAAAGGGCUGACUGCUCCCUCAGUGUCAAGGACUUUAAGUGCAGCUGGCGCAGUGGGAUGGCAUUCCUGGGCAUCCUGUGUUCUCUGAGGCCAGACCUGGUGGACCUAACUCAGGCCCAGUCUAGAAGCAACCAGCAGAACUUGGAGGAGGCCUUCCGUCUGGCUGAGCAGGAGCUACACAUCCCCCGUCUGCUGGAGCCCCAGGACGUUGACGUGAAAGACCCAGACGAAAAGUCCAUCAUGACCUAUGUGGCCCAAUUCCUGCAGUAUUCCAAUGACCUCCCCACACCACCCGACGAUGAUGACCUGCAGCUGUUCACCCAGGCCCAGCCCCCCUGCCUUUCUCCUAUCAAUCUGCCCUCUCACUUCACGCCUGCCAUCGCUGUCUCUCCCCUGCACCAGGCUUCACCCAAUCAAAGGGCCCGGGAGGUGACCUGCUGGCUACAACGGACCUAUCAGGAGCUGCUGGAGGUGUGGGCCUCCACGGAGAAAAAAGCCUAUGCAGAGCGGUAUCAGGCAUUCCAGGCAUUUGCGGUCUCCUUCAGUGAGCAGCGACGGCCAGUGAUGCCCCUGUUGGGAGCCAUGCGACGCUGCCCGGAGCCCAGCGAGGAGCAACGUGCCCUAAGAGCAGCCUGGGACUGCCUGGAAGAGAAGCUGCGACAGUGUAAGGCUGAGCUGGAUACGUAUCUUCCUGCGCCAAUGGACUGUGUCGGGGCGUGGCUUCACCGUAUGGAGGCAGUACUAUCUGAAGAGGGAGGAAAUGCUCAGGACCACGCCUGUGCUGCCAAAGAAGCAAGAGUCAAACAGGAGAAACUUAAGAAUUCAAUGGUUGAGUUGAGCAGCCACCUCAACAUCCUUCACACGUUCUGCAACCAGGCUGAGACCGGUGCUGUACUCGUGCCUGUGGAGAAGUUAGACGAAAUCAAGAGACGUUUCACCAACGCCCGUGUCACGGCUAAGUACCACGGGAUCAAACUGGAAUACCGGGAGCACCGGCACACUGUCCAGGAUCUACUGGCUCAAAUUGGUGCCAAGUUACGCUCCUGGAAAGGGCCCUACAGCUCCCAGGAUGCAGUGCGUCUGCUCCUACAGGACUGGCAUGACACAGUGGAUCGCCAAUGCCUAGUUUCUCAUCUGAUGGAUGCCCUCCAAAAAUUGAAACAGACAGCCAGCACUUACACAAGCAAGGCAGCUCUGGGUGAGGAUGCCCAGCUUGUCAAUAGGCAGGUGAAGGAGGCAGAGAGUGACACGGCCACGAGCACAGAGGAAGUGGCGGCAGUGAAAGGCACCAUGGGACGUGUGUUGAGUACCUGGGAGGCCUACCGCAAGAAUCUUCCCCCCCUACAGACGUGGCUGGCUCAGGAGUCACAGUCACCUAUACAGUCCUCUGGGACAGAGGGGACAUCCCAGCAGGUGUCCCAGUGGAGCACCCUGCAGGCCUACCUGAACGAGGUGGGUAACUUCCUCAUCGAGGUCACAGACCCAUCUACCAGCAAAGCUCUGGUAGCCGAACUUAGUAAGCUGAACAUGCAGUGGGCCGCCUACAUGAAGAGGACUAUGUUUGAGGUAUCGAACCAGCUCAGUGCUGGUCCUCUGAGCAUCCAGGCGGUACAAGCUCUGGCCCAAGAGGCAGGCUGGGUGCUGAGGGAGCACCUAGAGGUGGAGUCUGUCCCACUGAAAGCCUACAAGAAGAGGGUGCAGCUUUUGAGUAAGAAGAUAAUGGAGGUGGAUUUGGGUUCUCUCAGCCCAUCCCCAGACUUCCCUGUGGACAAAGUGGAAAAACUCAGACAUACACUCCCGGAGGUUUGGCAAGCGCUGGCCAGAGCGGAAAGGACAUGCAGUGAUCUGCAGAGGGCCACGUCCAUGUUAGAGGGCCGUUUGGCCGAGCUGAGUCACUGGGGGACUGAAGCCCUGGAGGUUCACCAACACCUGGAAGAGAGGAAACCUGGAAGAGAGGCCAAAGCACUGAUCUCUCGUGGCCUGCAGCUUGAGGGCCAAGUGGUGACAGAGGGGCAGGACCUGCAAGUCCUGGUGGAGAAAUCACAGACGAACUCCCCUAUUCAACACCUCAAUGCAGCUGCUUUGCAAGACAGAGUCACAGAAGCAGUUGCUCAGGCUCAGGAAAUGGUGGAGAUGCUUAGCUCCCUGGGGUCAAGGCGAGCUCGGGUGCCGGCGGGGGAUGAGCCACCACCCAAGGUGGUAGUCCGCUGGUACUCACUGCCAGAGACCCAGACGGGUUCAUUUGCAGCGGCCACAGCCAAGAGCAAGAGUGACCUGCCAUCCCACGCCAAGCUUGUAACUCAGACACCCCCACAUCGGCGGCACACAGAGCCCCAUAGCCCACUGCAAGGGGAUCGUCUAUCCCAGGCCAUCAGCCAGACAGCCAUCACCAAGGCCCUAUCACAAAGUCAACCUCACACUCAGGCCCAAACACAGCCUCAGCCGGUGGGCCUCACUCAAUCUCAGGUUCUGACUCAAAACAAACCUCAAACGCAGCAAACUCAAACUCCCGUUGAACCUCGAGUUCAGCUUCUGGCCCAAAUUCAAACAUACGCCAAACCCAGUGAAACUCAACCUUUGAACCAAAGUCACGAAGAGCAAGAGCAGCAGCUUGUGGGUCAAUCUUUGUACCAUGUUCCCACGGUGCCCCAAACCCAGUCUGAACCAACUCAAAAACAGAUCCACAUCCCCAAAUUCAGAGUUAAAGGCCAGCUGCGGACCCAGAACCCUCCUCAACAGGGUAGCGACCAAGCCUCUCCACACCCACCGUUCAUGGUCCAUAGCGAGAUCUACUCGAAAGCCAAGGCAAUGGCUAGGAGCAGGCUGGAGAAGGCCAAGUUUCGCUUGCAAGAGAACAUCCAGGAAGCCAUCUUACUCUUCAGUGACCGAGAGAUGUCUGACUGGCAAGCCAAGAGAAAAGAGAGGGCCCUGGGUGCUUUGAGGCCCGCCAUCCUGGAGGAGUUCCUGGGGGCCGCUGAGGGUUUGGGGGCCCUCUGUUCUGGGGCCCAGCUCCAAGCCGUGAAGCUACUGUCUCUUUCAGUCAGGAGCCAGUGGGAGGCAUGUCUACCCACAGAGGGCAGUGCGACGCUGAGGGGUGCAGAGCGCCUGGAGGCCCUCAGGGAGCUGUGUGAGACCCUGGCCCCGGAAAGUGCCCCCAGCAGAGCUGCAGUCCAGCGAAGGGAGUCAGAGGGAGGGCAAGGGAGCAUGCUGCCGCAACUGCAACACGGUGCCACAGGGUCCCCGCAGGACAGCAGGGGGUGCGAGCCUGGAGAUCACACCCUGCUGAGCGAGACUGGCCAGCAGGCUGGCCCACAAAAGCAAAGCCAGGAGCUCCCACAAAAGCAAGCUGGACACAGCUCUCAGGCUCUGCAAGACCAGAACCAAACCCAACUAAGACAGGACCGCCCACUGCAAGUCCAGGGUCUCCCACUGCAGACCCCGGAACACCCACUCCCAGUCCAAGAUCGCCCAUUGCAUGUCCAGGGCCGCCUACUGCAAGUCCAAGGGGGUCGUUUAAUGCAUGUGCAGAAAAGCCACCAGCAAGGCCCAAAUCACACUCAGGUGAUUGUCAGGGGCGAUAGCGUGGAGACCGAGCAGCAGGCACCUGAACGGACAGUCAUCCCGGCCACCGACACCACCCCCACACAGGAAGAGGGGUCGUCGACGCAGGAAGUGGUGGAGAGGUACAGAGCUUCCCGUUCAGCCUUCCAUUCACAGCUCCAGAGAAACAGACAGAGUCUGGAGAGAGAGUUUCAGCCCGAGCCAGUCACCACCUCUGCCCUGCACAGCCACAUCAAGGAGCUACAGGCUCUUAAGCAGGAGACUGAGGUGCUGUGGUUUGAGUUUGAGCUGCAGUCCUCCCAGGUGUCCCAGCAGCAGAGUGCAGAGGGAGGUGGACUGGAGGGGGACAGUGAAGGGGCCAAGCUUGUUCAGCAGUGGAGAGGCCAGCAGAUCUGCCUGCAGACCAGAAUGGCUUCUCUGGAUACCACCGUGGAGCUGAUGGAAUCAGCAGACUCUCAGAUAUCACUGAUCUCAGACCAGCUUGACCGCAUCACCAGGCAGCCCAUAGCUAUCUCAGCCUAUGGGCUGACUGAUCCCUGGACUGUGGCUGACUUUAAGGAAAUGGACCAGCGGCUCCACGCGGAGCUGAAGUGCAUGUCGGGGCAGACCUCUGGGGGGGAGGCCCUAGACCCAUCUACACCCCCACUCCAGUGCCACCGCCUCCACCAGCUCAGACAGACACUAAAGAGGGUGCGCUCUGCCGCCGGGGCCCUUGAUAGCUUUCUAGCCCACAUACGAGAGGCCGACGCUGAGAUACAGGCUGCGCUGGUUCCCUUGGACCACUGGCAACAUGGAGAUGGUGCGACCCGGGCCCGAGGCAGGCAUUCCGGGCUGCUGUCUAUCCGGCAGAGUGUGAGGAAGUACGGAGAAGAAGCCGGGAGCGUGGAUGGUCUACUGGAGGCAGCCGGAAUGGAGUUGACGAUGGAAGGAGCUGCUGUGACUUGUCGUGACACAGUGGCAGCGUUGUCACGGCGACUGGAUGAGGCAGACCUCGAGUUGGCCGGAAGCAGAAUUGGGAGGGGACAGAAGCAGAAGGAGGAGGAGGAGCUAAGCCUUAAAGGGAGGGGGAAAGGGGAGGGGCCUGACAUGCAGAGGAGGGGAUUGGAACAAAAGGAGGAUGAUGCGUUCCAAAGAAAGAGGGGUCAGGAACAAGGGGUAGGGCCUAAGGCCCAAAGAAGGAGGGAAGAGGAGGAAUCAUCGGGCCUUAAGAGGAAGGGCCAGGUGGAAGGGAAAGAGGGGGUGGAGAAGAGGAGUUCAGGCCAGAGGAGGAUGGCCCUACUGGUGGUCCUGAGAGAGAUUCAGAGGGCAGUGGAGCAGCAGGGACUGAAGGAGCCGACACUCCCUGCAGUGCAGCACAGGAUGCGUGCAUUGGCAGACCUGGAGGGGCGUCUGGCUGCGCUGCGCUCUGAGCUGCAGAGUCUAGAGGCUGCAGACCGUGCUGCUGCGCAAACGACCCCCAACCCCGAGAGGGGCGGAGCCACACAGGAGCUGGAGACAUUGUGGGAGGAGACCCAUAGAGCCAUUACAGAGAGGCUGGAUCGUUGUGGAGGUCUAACAGAAUUACUGAAGAGGUUCCAAAUGGUACACAGUCGUCUAAGCAGCACCUUACAGAGGGCCGAGCGCACCAUCAGUGAACAGGCCUCGUACAUGGGCAAAGACAACCUCCAGAGACUCUUCACUAAGGUCCACAGCACCAAGGCAGAGUUGAGUGGUCUCGGGGAGGGAGUGGAGGAGAUGCGAGGCGUCUGCAAGCAGCUGCAGUCUCAGCUGCGCCAAAUCCUUGACUGCCCUGAAACUCCAUUUGAGAGCGAGGCUGACACCCUGAUGGACCGCUGGCUGGAUGUGACAGAGAGGACGGACUCUCACCUGGACAACCUACGCAUGGGGCUGGACCUGUGGGAUGGGCUGCUACAGUUGGGCGGAGAGGUGGAGAGCUGGACCAGCCACAAAAUGGCCCACUUGGUGCAGUCAAACCCCUUCCACAGCGAACAAGAAGUCACAGCUAUGCAGGAUGAGAUCCGGGUCCAGGAGGAGAGUGUGGGGCGCUUCCACAGGAGGGCCUCUGAGAUCCAGGUCUUGUUGCAGAGCAAGGAGCCUCCACUGGAGCUUCAGGUGAUCGAGACCCAGAUGAGGAAGAAGAUGGAGCAGGUGAAGGAGCUCUUCUCCGACCUCGAGGAUGUCUACAGGCACCUGGUGGUGGCCAAGGGACAAGUGGCAGCCAAAAUGGCCGAGUGUCACUCCUCUCUUCAAGGCAUCCAGGACUCACUGGACACGCUCAGUGCUGCCGACGGCCCAAAGCUCCUCACACAGAUUCAGGAACUGUCUGCACAGCUUCAGACACAGGAAAAGCAGGCGGAGGGCCUCCUGGAGGAGCUACACCUCAUGACCUCCGUGGCCAGCCCACAGAGCUUGCAGAGCCUAGCUGCGGAUGGUGUCCGGCUGCAUGAGCUUGUCCGCGCAGCCCGUCAGCACAUUAGUGAAAUGAGGGUGCAGGCCCAGAGGGAUAUCGAGGCCUUGCACAGUUUGCAGGAGGAGUAUGCCCGUCUGCAAGAGUGGUUGCAAGCCGCAGUGCUGAAGGUGGAGAAAGGGGAGGAGCUUAGCCGCUUGCAGGAGGAAGUAGUCGAACACAGUAAGCACACAGAGGCCCUCAGUGGACACAUAACCACCUUGCAUGGGAGCACCCUAAAGCAUUCCCCCAUCCUAAAAGAGAGUGAGAAACUUCUAGAGCGCUGCUGCAGUCUCCACACCCAUCUGUUUGCCUCCAAGGAGAACCAGAGCUCUCUGACCAGCCACACCCAGGCCUUCCAGACUCUGGCCCAGGACACCCAAGCCUGGGUUAGAGUCUUGCAACAGCAGGCUGACUCUCUGGCCACUGGAGCCCCAUGCAUCCACAGCCAGGCUGAGCAAAGACUACAAGCUGCAGAGACUGUGUUGAGUGCCAAGGCAGAGGGAGAGUCUCGUAUGGAGGAGCUGAAGGAAGCAGGCCAAAGGCUGGCCGACAGACCGGGCCUGGUAGAGAGUCUGAAACUGGACGUCAUGCAGACCAUCAGUUACACAGAGGUGCAGUGGGGAGCCAUUCUGCAGUCUGCAGACCAACACCGCAGUCUGCUGCAUGGUGAGCCCGAGCUCUCCUCCUCUCUUCUGGUCCAGAGGCAGCAGGCCUGGUCCAGAGUGGACCAGCUCCAGCACCAGACUACCCAGCUCUCCCUGUUAUUUCCCUGGCCCGGCCUGGCCCAACACAGGCAGGCUGCCCAACAGGCCCGGGCACUACUGGACCAGGCCACAGCCUUGGGGCCGGCCUUCUCUGCCUUGGGGAACCAGAGGAAGGAGCUAGCCCAGCGCACCAAGGACCCCAAUUGGGAGGACCCUUCCUGGGCUACACUAGAGGAUUGCCAACCCGCCUUGGUCAAAAAGCUCCAUGGAAUGUGUGUGAGUCUUGAGGGAGGCGUCCGUAACGAGGAUCGCUGUGGCCAGCUGGUGCAGGAGUGCCGGCACACAUUAAACUCACUGCAGGAACGGAUGCUGGGUAUUGAGUCCCAGCCCAGAGACUCUAGUUUCCUGGAGACUGAUACAGGGGCUGUGGAGGCUUUGCAGGAGGCCGUGGGCCACAUGGAGAAAGACUUUGUGGAGCUCGAGUCUCUUAAGGACAUCCUGCUUGCCAGCUGCACCACCAAGGGUCAGGCCACUCUGUCUCAAGAGGUCAAAGAUCUCCAGGACCAGAAGGAGGAGUUAGAGAGGGGCCUCAGCUGGCUGGCUCAACUACAGGCAGAGGAGCAGGUAGCCCGACAAGACCAGCGAAUCAGGGAGGAGGUUGACAACCUUCAGAGGGCCCUACAAGGCUCGGCUGAGCGUUUGGGGGACGACCCAGAAACGACCGAAGGAUUCACUGAUAUUAGGCAGCUCCAGCAGCGCUGGCAAGUCCUACAGGACUGUGACCAAAGCCUGAGGGAGCUUGCGGCACGGCUUCAUCACCUGGAGAAAGCAGUAGGGUCAGAGGUCACAUAUGGAGAAUUUCAAAACGAUGUGACUUUGGCUGUGGAUUCAGCGGCCAAAGACUUAGACAGCCUGUUUUUCUCUCUACAUGAACGAAUGCAGCUUUUUUCAGGCGGCACAGCCCUUAGAAUGUCUGGGGCGAUCUGUGAACUGCAGCAGUGGAACCAGGCAGCACAGUCAAAUCCCCGAAAGUCUGUACAGGCUACACUGAACAAUGGGAAGCAACUCCAAGGGAUUCUACGUGAGGCGCUGUCACAGCUAGACUUCCUAUUGGACUGUGUCGGAAGGGAGCGGGUGGAACAGUUCGAGAGAAGCGCUGGACAGGCCCUUAGCAACAGUGCAGCUCUCCUCACAGCCCUAGCCCAAUCCCAGGUGUCCCUAGUGAGCACAGAGGUGGAUGGAGACCAUAAGAAACCAAGCAACACACCUGACAAAGCGCCAUCUUGCAGCGAGGCAUCCAUUUUGUCACAACCUGUAGAGGAAGUGACUCCAGGCGGGAUCAAACCUCUUCAGGCUAAUAUUGACUCAACGAAAGGUCCGGAAAAAGAGCAGGCUGAAAGCGGAGUGCAAAGCAAAAGAGCCAUUACCAGAGGAACAAUGGAUGCUGUUAAAGAACCUACUAAGAAAGUGAUGAGCGACACUGAACAAAGAGCAGAGGGCAAAGAAUACGGAAAAGACUCAUUGAAGGGCUGGAGCAUCCAGCCAGCAGAGAUAAUGGUCACAGACAUGGAGGAUGGGGAGAGUCAAAUACAAAUUCCCAUGGGAGAAACCUUAACUCCCAUCACCAGCGUUGAUAUCUCAGCCACUGUGGUGGUGCCAGAGACCCCGGGUACUAGCCAAUUUGGGGAUACUGUAACAGAGAUGACACCUCAUCAUAUAGAACCAAUGGAUCGAGAGGGAACCUCAUCGCCGACUCCGCACAAAGUGUUCACCAUCGUUCUGGACACCGAUCUCGAACGAAAACAACUUGAUGGCUUGUCUAUGGCCAACGCUCUCCAAAGCAGACCAGGUUACCAUGGCAACAAUGAUAUUGUACAUACAGAUUCACCUCAACAUGGCGACAGUGAGAUUCCGGCUACUGAGUCACAUGACUAUGCAAACACUGCGGUUGUAUGCUCUGGACCAUCGGUCAGAGGAGGACAAGAGUCUUCAGUACCAGAUAAAGGCGCUCAACUCACUUACACUUUUUCUGUUGUCAAACAGAGUGACCAGGCAAAACAAGAUUUGACUGAGCCUCCCCAAAAAGUGGCCACCGUUUUCUUGAACGCAGCUGUUGCACGUGCUGGGAAAUUUCUUGUUCAGGAAGCUGAGACUCUACAUCGUGAAGUCACUUCCUCUACCAAAGCUGAAUUGGGCAUUAAAAGCAGUGUGGGGCUAGGGACAGAUCCACAGUCGGACCCUGUAACACAUCUCAUGCCGCAUCCAGAAAGAAAGCAGCUAGAGACGCAUGCAAGACCCACAGACAAAUCACAGUCAGAUAACAAAACACAACGCACAGAGUCUAGAGAUUGCACUGAGACAAAGAAAGUAUUUACAAUUCUUUUGGACAUGGAGCUACCUCCGUCUCAGUCCAAGGACAUUCAAACCAGGGAGCCUCCUUGUGGUAAUGGCUCAGAUACAUUUAGCUCUGGUGACUUUCCUUCAAAACUGACUGAUAGUUCUGUCACUGAGAGCACCAAGAACACAGAUGGCGGGCGGCGUGCCAAGUCAAAGCACAGGCGGCGGCGGAGGAGGGCUGAUUUUAGGAGCUCAGCGUCCAAGGGCCCCAAAGUGAAGAGUUACAAGGGCCCCUCUGCUUCAAAGAACACGGAAUCAGAGUGGGAGCAAUCGCAGGGCCCCAAAACAAAAGGUCUGAAAUCAAAAGGCCCCGAAUCAGGGCUCACAGAGUCUAAGUCCGCUGAAUUGGCGCUCACCGAAUCCGAGUCACUGAGACACACUGAUAACUCUGACAACACUGAACCAGGAAGUGUUGACGAUGACGUAGACACAGACGCUAAAGAUGCCAGACAGACAGAAAUGACAGACAGCCAAAUAGCUGUAAACACAGAAGCCUCUGACAGAAUGAAGGAGACUACAGACAUCACCUGUGCUACAGACAGCAAAGAUAACAGACAGACUGUGAGCAAAGACACUGGAAAGAUAGACACUACUGACAUGCUACAGGUGAAUGAUCUCACACAGACAGAUGUCAGUCAGCCAGAUGCCACAAGAGACAAUACACAGUUGUCACAUGCACCUUCACCAGCAUAUGCAUCCACAGAGAUUGAUCCCAGAGAGGGAACAGAAAGGACAGCUCCACAGGAACAGAUGCAGGAGGGGAGUGAAGUCAAGAGGAGUACCUCGGUCCAGACUGGGGGGUUGCUAUCCGAAGCCGUGGCGAAGGUGGAGAGAGUUGGGGGAGCGGUGUGCCCGGAGGUCCCGCGUCACAGGUCCACUAUGCAAGGCAUCCUCUCUGAGGUCCAAGGGUUGGUGGAGAGGAAGGACAUCCUCAAGGGAUGCCAGUGGAUGGAGGCGGCUUGGUACCUGCAGCCUUCGCUGAGAAAGCCAGAGAUCCAAAUAGGGCGCACUGUCCUCAGGGUUCUAGGAUGCCGCUACCAGCCAGCCCAGCUCAACCCUGCCAACAUGGCCCAGCAACUGACGGAGGCUGAGGACUGCAGACGCUACGUGCUUGAGCAGGUGGCUGCGAUAAACCAUGUGGUCGGUGAUCCAGAGGACGCAACAAAUCUGGAGGGGCGAUGGAGUGCAGCCCUGUUGGAUGCCUCGGCCACAGUGCAGGUCAAAGAGGCUCAGCUUCACCUGGUCACACAGUACCACAGGCAGACUCAGGCCAUCCGGAGCAUUCUGGAGAGAUGGGCAAGCGAGAUGGAUGAGCUACAAUCGGACACUCGAAGCAGUGCGCUUCAGGCUGAAAAACUACAUGCUCUGUUAUGUAACAUUGAACAGCAGAAGGGCAUGAUGGGGGAGCUGCUCCAGGUGUGUUGCCAGGUGUCUUCCCACCUGAGUGAAGACGAGGGGUCAGGGGCACUCCUCGCUCAGCUAGGGGAUCUGCAGGAGGAGUGGAGGCUUUUGGAGGGGGCCGGGAAUAGAGGCCUGAGGCAUGCCUCAAUUGGUUCUUCUCAGUCCUCUAUCCUUCUACAAAAGGCUGAGCAGCUGCAUUGCAAGCUUGAGGCUCUUCAGAAGUCCAUCACCCUCUUACAGUCCUCUCAAUUGCAGCAUGACACUCACAAAGCUUUAGAGCUGACCUUUAUGACUGCUGACUUGAAAGCCUUCAACCAGCAGUACCUACACCUGCUGGGGCAAUCAGAGGAUUUUACCCAAUUUUCUCUUGGGCAGAAGGAGAAGGAGGAUGUGGAGUGUACUCUUCAGCGCUUGAGCUACUUACUUGCCUCCACUCAGAGGUUGCUCUCUGCUCAGUCAUACUCUAUAGCAAAACCCUCCUUGGCUAAAAUCAUCAAGCAAAUGCAAGACUUGAUUAUCUGGGCCAAGCAGGUGGAAAACCACAUCGCAGCAGGUGAAAAGGUAGCCUUCUUCCCUGAAGAGGCCCGUCUCCAAAUUGCCAGCAUGAGGAAACUUCAAUCUGAGAUUUUGGCAAGGCAUUCCAGGGUGCACUACAAAGUUGAGGACCUGAAAGAACUGAUUUCGGAUGAGGGGGAAAUUGACAAAGUGCUGUCAUCACUGAAGACCUUGAAGGACCUCUACGAAACAGUCUCAGAUAACUCUGCUCGUAUUCUGAAGGAAAUGGAGGCUGUUUUGGAGGAAAGAGAGAAGAUGCUGGUCCAGAUCUCAAAAGUGAACAGCUGGCUAGCAGUGGCAUACCAUGAGAGAGAGGUCACCGCAGAUGUAGAGAAUGUGUCCAAAGACACCAUCCCAGAUCUGGAAAGCAAGCUGCAGUUUCACAUGGGUGCCAUCAAGGAAGCAGAAAGACAGCUGGCUGUCACGGACGCCCUUUUGGAGACCUGCAUGGAGGUCUCUUCGGGGUUGAGUUCAGCAGAGAGCCACUUUCUUGUCAACAGGCUCACAGGCCUCCGGACCGAGGUGGAUGGAAUGGUGGCCUACGAGAAAGCAGCCCACUGGGAGCUGGAGGAACUGCUUCACACCCGGACUUCUUCGGCCGAGGAACUGGCGGCUGUCCAGGUGAGCGUGCAACAGAUAUGGGCCGACCUGGAGAGGCAGAGGUUCCCAGUGACAAAGGACUCCCUAUCUGCCAUAGAGCCCUUGACACACAUGCUCCUGGAGCACCAAUGUCAGAUCCAGGAACUCCAGUACUGCCAAGAGGACCAGAAAAGCACCCUCUUGCGUACCAUUGGCGAACUGCAGGAGAAGGUGAAAACUCUCCACCACCACGCCCUGGAACAUGAGAAGUACCUGACCUACCGGCAGCGCAUGGAAGACUCCAGGGAGGUGGCAAAGGAGCGUGCUCAGUGCUCCAAAGACAAGAGAGUCAGCGUGGGGGAAAGGUUCAGUCUUUGCCAGGCUCUCCUUGUGGAACUUCCACUGGUGAAGACCCAGUGCCAGGAUGCUUCCGACCAGCUUGAGGCCAUCGCCCAAGACCUGCACCUAUCGGAUAGAAUGUUGCUCCUGUCGGAGAGGCAGAGGAUCCGGCGAACUGUUGAAAACCUAGCCUCCUGGGAGCUUGCCAUCACUGACGACGUCAAAAACCUAGAGGGAAAGCUGCUGGAAGGUCUCAGAUUCUGCACCGAGCUUCCUGCCAUGAUGGACCUUCUUCAACAGGUCAGGCAGGAGCUGACGGAGUUCGACCCGGUGAAGCCAGACGUGAGGGCCAUCAACAUAGCGCUGCGGAGGUGCUGGGUGAUCUGGAGGAACGUAGAGUCUGCCAUGCGGGUGUUGGAAGCUUUGAGGCAGAGAGAGCAAGUGGAGAUGAGCCAGUGUGGGGAGCUGCACACCCUGAGGAAUGACGUUGUGCAGAAGUGCCACGCAUGCAUGGAGAAUUUGUCCCAUGCUCGGGAAGCCCUGAAGGAUUACCACUGGGCUGCCCAAGGAGUGGUAACCUUCCUCCUCGAAGCCGAGGCCAUGUUCCUGGCACCUCCAGGCGGAUUUGUGGACUGCACAGAGGAGCAAUGGCACACCCAAGAGCCCCUAGCCUCCCUGGGGGAGAGCCUUCAGGUGCAAAUCAGCCAUCUCCUGGAGCUGGCACCCCAGCAGACCUGUCUCUCUUUCCCCCAGAGCGAGCAGCUCCACAUACGGGUCCUGAGCCACCUUUUGGUGGAGAGGGCCGCACUCGAGGCCCAGGUUGAGCUCAGGACAGAGGCCUUGCAGAGGUGUGCAGACAGACAAAGCCUCCACAAGAAGUGUCAUGAGGAGGUAUGGCAUAUCCUGACGAAAAACGAAUCAAGGCUCUCUGAGUGUGCUGCCCAGGAAGUGACAUCCUACACCAACUGUGCUGACCAACAGGAUAGAGCCAAGACCCUGUCGGAGGAAGUGCUGUCUAUAGCUGGGAAGCUGGAGGAGCUGAGGGCGGUGUGCCCACUGCGGGGGUGCUGUGUGGGCUCCGAGGGGGCACAGGGUGCCCUCUGGAGGCGCUGGGCGGCACUGCGGCGCGGCGUCAGCCUCCUCCGGACACGCUUGGAGCAGAGAGGGGCGGAGUGGAGGGACGUCACCAAGAGCAUGGCUCGAUGCAGCAGUGCUCUGGACAAGCUGCAGGGUGAGCUGUCGGACCCCACUGCAGUAAGCUCCGCUCAGGGGGCCCCGAUGGUUCUGCUAGUGCAGACGGAGCAGCACCAGGCUGGACUAGAGCGGGAGCAGCGAAUCCUGGCCUCCCUGGAGCUCCGGCUCUCCCAGCUCCUGGGUGUGUCCAGUCCUCAGGAGGCAGCUAGCCCUGUCCCAGUCUGCCAACGGCUGAGGGACAUGCAGGAGCGCUUUAGGAGCCUGAGAGAGCGGAGCAUGCUGGUCCGGAGCGCGGCGCUUUCAGAGGAGCAAGAGAGGGAGCGCUUGCAAGAGCAGAUCGGAGAGGUGGAGCAGCGAGUGGCUACCCUGCUCUCCAUUCUGGUGUCCCACCCCAGCACACGCCAACUCAAGGAGGUCAGAGUGGAGUUGGGUUCCCUGAGGGCCAGAUUACAGUCUAUCAUGGAGUGUGUCGGGACAAAGUAUGCCGCUGUUACACCUCCUGAGGUGCAGAGACAGCUGCAGGAAGUCACUGGCUCUCUGCAGGACAUGGAGGAGAAGGUUGGCCAAGCCCUGGAGAAGAGCAGCCCACUCAAUAGGCUGAGUAGCAGAAUGGGGGAGAUCCGUAUCGGGCUAGAAGAGGUUCAGACAUUGCUGCAGCGGAAGAGCUCCUCUGUGUCCGAGGCUGAACAUGUGCUAAAGUUUGUAUGGGACCAGCUGGACCAGUGGCACGGCCGGCUGGCCAUCCUGGAGGGCGAGGUGCAGGAGGCAGCCGAGGAGGAGCCGGAGCAGGCCCAACUCCUCAUGGACCAGAUCACCCAGCCACUUCAGCUCUACCAGGACACGGCCCAGAAGGCUGAGCAGCGCACUGCCUUCCUCAGCAAGAUCCCUGCCUGCCUCCAGGAGUAUAACGAUAUAAUCCAUAGUGCUGGCUGCUGGCUAGACGAAUCCCAGUCCUGGCUAGACGCUCCCGGCACCUACACCACAGCCAGGAGCCUCCAGAGCCAGACCAACACACUGCAGAUGGUGCUGGAUGACUCAGAGCGUAUCCGGGCCACUCUGGUGGGCUUCGGACCUGUGUUGGGGGAGAUCUCUGCUGUGUGUCACACCACUGCUAUGGAGGAUAAGCUAGUCCAGACCGAACGCCAAGUCACCGCCAUGCAGCAUAACAUCAUGGGGCCAUUGGACCAGCUGCUACACGUCACUCCGGAAGUGGAUGCCAUUGAAGCAGAGGUGAAGACGAUGGAGAAAAAUGUGACCAAGAUCAGAGCUAUUUUAUCCUCCGCUGAUACAUUGGACAUCUCACUUGAAGAACACCUCCACAACCGGCAGGUAAUCCUGGCCAACAUCCAGUCUAUGCGGAGGACAGUGGGGGAGAUCGAGGGCUGUAAGGCUGAACUUGGACUACCUCAGGGGGCAGAAGAGACACUGAGUGCUUUUCCCAGAGCUGUGCUACUCCUACAGCCCCUCCAAGAGUUGGAACAGCUGACACAGGAGCAGAGUAGAGCGUUGGCGGGCAACAUGCGUGAAGUAAGGGAGGCUGAGGGGGUCAUCCCAUCAUGCAAUGUGUGUGUGACAACAGAACCAGGUGCCCUUAUCUUAAGCACACAUCAACGGAAUACGCGUCCACCGCGGAUCACCAGACAUCAGGAGGAUGCCUCAGAAGCAUGCCUCUCUGAGGAAGAGGAGGAAUACGAGGAUGAAGAUCAUCACUCAUCAUCCUCUGACACACUCACAUGCAGUUUUCCUGAGGACCCAGACGAGACUCUUAGCCACCAGGAGCUGGCAGAAUCAGUGGCUACAACCACCCAAUGGCUCCAGGAUAGUGACGCUAUGUCUGAAGCCCACACCGCCACUGUCACUAAGGAGUUGGACACCCCAGAGUCUUGUGAAGACCCAGAAGACAGUAAUUCUGGUUUAAUAUCUGAGAAGAUCCAACCAACACCUGAAAAAACAGACCGAGCACCUGCAGACACCCUGUCAUUACCAGCUCAGUGGAGACCCAUCUCCAAGACCACUAUAUCAGAAAACAAGCCGACAGAAUCAGUCAGUAAGGACAUUAACAAGGAGACUUUGUCAGUAACCGAGAAGUCUGAAUUAGUAACCAAGGCAACUGUCUCAUUACCUGAAACUAGUUCAGUGACCAUGGAGACUAGACCAGCAUCUGUAAAAAGUGUCUUGGCAACCAAAGAAACUGGAGAAGUACCUGUUAAGAUUGGAUCAGUAACCAAAGAGAUACAAUCAGUACCUGAGACUACUUCUGUAACAAAGAUGACUGGGCCAGUAACCAAGAUGACUGGGUCAGUAACCAAAGAGAUACAAUCAGUACCUGAGACUACUUCUGUAACAAAGAUGACUGGGCCAGUAACCAAGAUGACUGGGCCAGUAACCAAAGAGAUACAAUCAGUACCUGAGACUACUUCUGUAACAAAGAUGGCUGGGCUAGUAACCAAGAUGACUGGGCCAGUAACCAAAGAGAUACAAUCAGUACCUGAGACUACUUCUGUAACAAAGAUGACUGGGCUAGUAACCAAGAUGACUGGGCCAGUAACCAAAGAGAUACAAUCAGUACCUGAGACUACUUCUGUAACAAAGAUGACUGGGCCAGUAACCAAGAUGACUGGGCCAGUAACCAAAGAGAUACAAUCAGUACCUGAGACUACUUCUGUAACAAAGAUGACUGGGUCAGUAACCAAAGAGAUACAAUCAGUACCUGAGACUACUUCUGUAACAAAGAUGGCUGGGCUAGUAACCAAUAUGACUGGGUCAGUAACCAAAGAGAUACAAUCAGUACCUGAGACUACUUCUGUAACAAAGAUGACUGGGCUAGUAACCAAGAUGACUGGGUCAGUAACCAAAGAGAUACAAUCAGUACCUGAGACUACUUCUGUAACAAAGAUGACUGGGCCAGUAACCAAGAUGACUGGGCCAGUAACCAAAGAGAUACAAUCAGUACCUGAUACUACUUCUGUAACAAAGAUGACUGGGCCAGUAACCAAGAUGACUGGGUCAGUAACCAAAGAGAUACAAUCAGUACCUGAGACUACUUCUGUAACAAAGAUGACUGGGCCAGUAACCAAGAUGACUGGGCCAGUAACCAAAGAGAUACAAUCAGUACCUGAUACUACUUCUGUAACAAAGAUGACUGGGCUAGUAACCAAGAUGACUGGGCCAGUAACCAAGAUGACUGGGCCAGUAACCAAAGAGAUACAAUCAGUACCUGAGACUACUUCUGUAACAAAGAUGACUGGGCCAGUAACCAAGAUGACUGGGCCAGUAACCAAAGAGAUACAAUCAGUACCUGAGACUACUUCUGUAACAAAGAUGACUGGGCUAGUAACCAAGAUGACUGGGUCAGUAACCAAAGAGAUACAAUCAGUACCUGAGACUACUUCUGUAACAAAGAGGACUGGGCCAGUAACCAAGAUGACUGGGUCAGUAACCAAAGAGAUACAAUCAGUACCUGAGACUACUUCUGUAACAAAGAUGACUGGGCUAGUAACCAAGAUGACUGGGUCAGUAACCAAAGAGAUACAAUCAGUACCUGAGACUACUUCUGUAACAAAGAUGACUGGGCCAGUAACCAAGAUGACUGGGUCAGUAACCAAGGAAAUUGGGACAGUUGCCAAUACACCCAGCGACCCCCAGGAAGACCUGGACGGGAGAUGGGACCUCCUUCACACUCGGCUGUCUGAGAAACUCAACACCUUGAGGAAUAUUCAGGAGGAGGACCUACAUGCGGCUACAGGGUCAAGGGCAGAGGGGACCGGCGGUGGCUUUGGUGGUCUGAGAGAGAUAGAGGUGUGUGCUGCAAGCCUUAGACAACUCAGACACAGAGCAAGUGGCCUUUCCUCUGCCAAUUCAAAGGAAGGUGGCUAUCCCAUGUUGGGUAGAGAGCUCUACACAGCUCUGUGUGGAGCGGAGCAUUCUCUGGAAACACUCACUGGCCUGUUGCUCAGUCCCUCUAUUACCACCGUGGAGGACAGUCAACUAAGACUGCUACAGAUGGAGUGCCUCUCGGUGGAGCUGCCGGCCUUUAGUGACGAGAUUAACCAUUUAAGGUCAGGCAUCAACCCAGACCAGUUGUCUGAAGCACCAGAGACCACAGCCCAGUGUGUGACCUGUCUUCAGGGUUGUUUUCAAACAGCCCAGUCAGCACUCACCUCCUCACUGAGCCGGCUACACACAGAACUGGGCCACAAUCAGGCAGGGACGGAGCAACAGGAGAGCCACGUGUGCGUUUAUGAUGAUUUUGAAUGUGGACAGAGUGACCCAUUCACACACAUCAAGGAUGUCCCCAUGCUGGAGUAUGUCGUUGGUCGGUGUCCCGAGGAUGCAGUGGAGCUACAGCGGGUGUCCCAGGCCCUGCUGCAGGGGUUGGCCAGUCUGGUGGAGCUAGGCAGAGAGCGUCUGGCAGACAGUCAGGACCACCCACCGCACAGCCGCACCCAGCUGCAGACUCUGCUCAGCAGGCACAAGAAGUUGUACCAGGUUAUGGAGUCCCAGCUGGCGUUGGUGCAGCAGCUGUUCCACUGUAAGCCACAGGGGGGGCUGGUUGGUCAGGAGGAUGAACAGGUCCGGCUGGAGCAACAGGUCAACACUCUGCAGCAACAGGCUCUGGAGCAGGGAGCCACCAUGCACAGAAGGCUGCAGGUCUGGACACAGUGGGAGGAGGGCUGUGUUCAGCUGGACCGGCUGCUGGAGAAGCUUGAAGCCCUCGUCCCCUGCGAGGGUCCCGUGGAGGAAGAAGAGGGGCUGCUACAGGAAAGACUGGACACCUGUCAGCACGUGCUGGCCCUGUUGGAGGAGUGCAGGCCUGCCCUGGGCUCGGUCCUGGACCAGGGGAAGGCUCUGCAGGCCUGGGGAUGCAGUACCGUGGUCGGCGGCACAGGAGGAGUCCUGGAGCUGCGCUGGCGGGCUGUCCGCAGCAAGGCAGAGCAGGAGAGCCAACGCAGCCGUGACAUAAGGGACAACUGGACCAGGUUCCACAACGACUCUGUGUCGCUCACUGGAUGGAUGGGCAGUGCUAAAGAACGCCUGAAGACAUGGAGAAGUCUGCCCGACGCCACACCUCAAAACGAGGACCACACUCGUACUUACCUCAUCCAACUACUGGAGUUUUCAGUGGAGCUGGAAACCAGGUCCGCUGAAAAGGCCUCUGCGCUCAGGGCGGGCACAUUGCUACUGCAGCUGAAGGAGGCUGAUGCACCGGGGCUGCGCAGACAGCUAGCGCAGCUGGAGCAAACUUGGACCGAAGUCACGUCUGCACUUCCCAUAGCCCAGGAGAGACUGCACCAGCUCCUGCUGGAGAAGUGGCCACCAUGCCAGGUAUUGUCAGGCCUGGAGGCGUGGGUGAAGGACACAGAAGCCAGGCUGGAGGAUCAGGGACAGGCCACCAUCAAGGCCUGCCAUGACGCAGAUCAGCUCAGACACAUAAUCCAAUACUACCAGGGGUGCCAGGCAGGCACUGCCAGCGGGCAACUCACCCUGGAUUUCCUGUGCCAGUCCGGACCGCAGUCAGUGACAGCGUCGGAUAACUCUGGCAGCUGCUCUGAGGAGCGCACACUCUUUGCCGAGCGAAUGGGUGCCCUCAACUUAAGCUGGCUCCUCCUAGAAGGGAAGCUGGGCACUCAAGUGUGCCAGGCUGAGGAGCUGUUCCGCAUCUGCGCAGAAAGAGAGAAGCGACUGCGACGGGUGCUCAGCUGGGCUGUGGGGCAGAGAGAGAGGCUGAGGGAGUGGCAGAGACCUGUCAGUCAGACGCAGGUGGACAAGGCCCUGCAGGAGUGGGAGGCUGUGGAGGAGAAACUGAAAGACGUGUGUGUGGAGGUCGAGGAUCUGGUCCGCGACACCUGGUCUGCAGACACAGUCACCCAGGUCUGCACAGACUUCAACCAACAGGUUGGGAGCCUGAGGCCUGUUCUCCAGCGGUUGCUAGUUCAGUGGGGCCAGUUUGAGAAGGAGCUGGGUGAUGUUUCAUUCUACACCACUAAGCUGCGCUGUGGUCUGGAACACAGCAGUGGUCCCUUCCUCUCCUCCCACCAGGUCAAAAGGCAUGUGAAGCAGCUACAGUGCCUCCAGGAGGAGGCUGGGAUGGGGGCGGAGAUGUGGACUGCUCUGGACCAGUCGUACGCAGGCCUGUCGGACGCUAUCAGUCCUGGAGCGGCCCAACUCCUUAUUGAGAGACUUGAGGAGGAGAGAACACAGUGGAAGGCGCUAGUGCAGGAGGUGGAUGAGGAGCUGCUGAGAACUGGGGAUCUGCUGUCGUUCUGGGGGGAGUACAACCGUCUGUACGACCAAUGCUCUGUCCGCCUGCAGCACCACCAGGAACAGUGGGGGGCGCUGCUCAGCUUCCUGUCGACACCAUGCCACUCCACACAGGACCUGGUCGAUGCCAUCAAGCAUCAGCAGGUUGGCUUUGAGGAUGUUCAAGGCAGUCUGGGCGAAGUCCUGGAAGCCUCCAAGCCUCUGAUUGGACAGGCGGAGCCAAUUGUCGCCGCCAUCGUCCAAUCAAAGUCCAUGUUGUCACGUGACCUCGUGCUACUGGGCCAGGCGUUGUCAGGGAAGCGUGCACGGCUUCAGGAGGAUUUGGAUCAACGCCACACAAUUAGCAGUAGUAUGGAUUCACUGGAGCUGCAGACCGAGGCUUUGCGUCACAUGCUCACUUCUGAUGUCUGCAGCAUGGACAGUGUGAAGACUGCUCUGAUGGCGCUGAGCCAUCUGCGUCCUGCCCUGGAUGACCUCACUGAGGCACGCCUUUCUGUGACCCUGGAUGGCCUGGAAGCAGAUAGACUGAAGUCCCUGACCAGGAAGUGGGCGCAGGCCCUCUACUGCGCCUCCCAUAUGAACAGAACAUUGCAAGCUGAGGCCCAGCACUCCCAGAGCCUUCAACAGAAGUGGGACAGCUGGGAGGGCUUCCAGGAGAAGAUGGAGGAGGACUUGGCCCCAGACGUUUCUGGAAACUACUCUGGCCUCCGUGAGCAAUUGGCAAUCCAUCAGAGACUCCGGAUUGAAGUAUUGGCUGGGCACCAACUCUUGAGAGGAGUUAUCGUCAUCUCAAUGAGGUCAAUUGAAGACACACCAGAGGAGAAAAGCAGGCCUGACCUCACCCUAAAGCUCGCUCAGAUGAGAGAGCGAUGGCAGCGGAUUGUUAGUGUGGCACAGCAGCGAAGUAGCCUGGUGCAGGAACGGCUGGGCCAGUGGCGGUUCUACACCCGGGGUGUGAGGAGGCUAGGGGGGCUGCUGAGAGAUGUGGAGACCUUACUUCCUUCUGCUGCUCAGGCCCUCUGCACUCUGCAGCAGCUACCAUGUUCCCUGGAGGACUUGGGGCGUGCUGAAGAGACUCUCGCCCAACACAACGGCUUCUACAGACAGACACUAGAGACAGGCAGGCUGCUGUCCUCCAUGGCAGAGCUACAGACACAGGCCCAGCUACAGACAGAGUUACAGACCUUGCAGGAGUCCUGGGACCAUGCCAGGGAGCUACUGGGAGAAAGGAGAAUCCUACUGGAAACUGUUGUUCAGAAUUGGGGCCACUUUCAGGUCAGACUAGUCGACAGCGCACACAAACUGGAUGAGCUCAGGGACAGGCUGAAGCAACUGCUGCCAGAGAGGCUGGAGGAGCUACAGGGUGAAGAGAAGCUCACAGAGGAAAACGAGGCCUCUCUGGAGUUGUGGGCUGGUGGAGUGAAGGAGUUGUCCACCAUGAAGACGGAUCUGUCCCAGUACAUCUUGGCCGGGGAUGCUACCCUACUACAAGGACAGGUGGAGCAGCUGCACUGCCAGUGGGAGGAACUCUGUCUAAAGGUAUCCCUACGCAGGCAGGAGAUCGCCGACCGGCUCAGUGCCUGGACCAUCUUCAAUGACAAGAACAAGGAGCUGUGCGACUGGCUGACCCAGAUGGAGAACAAGGUGUCGCACAGCGGAGACCUCAGCCUCGAGGAGAUGGUGGAGAAACUGAAGAAGGACUGUAUGGAGGAGAUCAACCUGUUCAGUGAGAACAAAAGCCACCUCAAGCAGCUGGGGGAGCAGCUGAUGCUGGCCAGUGACCAGGCCAAGCAGGCCCAGCUCCACGGCACCUUGAGGGACGCCAGGGACCGUUGGCAGCACCUCUUCCACCACAUAGAGGCCAGGCUGAGGAAGCUGAAGGAGACCCUGGGUAUGGUGCAGCAGCUGGACAAGAACAUGAGCAACCUGCGAUCAUGGCUGUCCCGCAUCGAGACCCAGCUGGCCAGGCCCGUCACCUACAACGUGUGUCACCAUGAGGAGAUCCAGAGACGGCUCGCCCAACAGCAGGAGCUACAGAGGGACAUCGAGCAGCACACGGAGGGCGUGGCGUCCGUCUUGAAGCUGUGCGACAUCCUGCUGCACGACCAGGAUGUGUGUGGUGGAGGCGACGGUGAGAAUGACUCCAUCCAGCAGACCACCUGCAGCCUAGACCAGCGCUGGAGGGCCAUCUGUGCCAUGUCCCUGGAGAGGAGGCUCAGGAUCGAGGAGACCUGGAGGCUGUGGUGUAAAUUCCUGGAUGACUACUCGUGCUUUGAGGACUGGCUCAAGGUGGCCGAACGCACGGCAGCCAACCCCAACUCUGACAACGUUCCGUACACAGUCGCCAAGGAGGAACUCAAGAAGUUUGAGGGCUUCCAGAGGCAGGUGCAGGAGCGUGUGACCCAGCUGGAGCUGGUCAACAACCAGUACCGCAGGCUGGCCCGGGAGAACCGCACAGACGGCGCCAGCCGCAUCAAGGUUAUGGUCCAUGAGGGCAACUGCCGCUGGGAUGCACUGCACAGGAGGACAGCGGCCAUCUUACGCAGGCUAAAGCAUUUUACGGGUCAGAGAGAGGAGUUUGAGGGGACCAGAGAGAGCCUGCUGGUGUGGCUGACGGAGAUGGACCUGCAGCUCACCAACGUGGAGCACUUUUCAGAGACAGACACGCAGCACAAGAUGAAGCAGCUCAACUCCUUCCAGAGGGAGAUCACCCUCAACACGGAGCGCAUCGACGGGCUGAUUGUGUUCGGUGAGGGCCUGAUCCAGAGGAGCUCUCCGCUGGACGCCGCUCUCAUCGAGGACGAGCUAGAGGAGCUACACUCCUACUGUCAGGAGGUGUUUGGCAGGGUGGUCCGCUUCCACCAGCGCCUCACACAGCCACCGGUGUUGAAGGAGGAACCGGAGCUCUUCAGUGGGGACAAGCCCCUGGAGGGGAGCUGCGAGCUGAUUGGCCGUUCCUGGCUGGGGCGGAGCCAGAGUCAGGGGAGUGCCCCUGCCACACCCACCCACCUGUUGGCCCCUCCCCUGGAGUGUUCGGGCCGGGAGACACCCGUGAGCGUGUGCGACUCCAUCCCUCUGGAAUGGGACCACACGGGAGACGUAGGAGGAUCUUCGUCCCAUGAGGAGGAGGAGGUUGAGAAGAAAGACGGGACCUAUUACAGUACUCUGUCAGAGGUGGAGGUUACAGAGAGUCCAGAGGACUUUGUGAAAGCCAUGGCUCUCUCACUGGGAGCUGAUCCCUCUGUUCCACUCAGAGCCAUGGCCAUACCCGAAUCUCCAAGUUGGCGCUCACCAGGCGACCCGGACAGGAAGUCCCUCCACCUGGACUCUCCUGACGGCCUAGACCCCUCACCUACACACACUAGCACUCCCUUCAAACAAGGCUACGUGCGUCUGAUGUCAGAGUGCAGUGGUAGCAUCAAAAGUGUCAAAAGGGUCUCCCUGAUCCUGGAUGAUGAGGAGCAGCCCGAGGAACAGGGCCUCACUGGCCUGACGACCGCUGACAAACAAUCAGGGGUGAUCGAGCGUUGGGAGCUGCUGCAGGCUCAGGCCAGGAGCAACCUGCUGUCUGGCCUGCGGGAGCCUUGCCAGUUGACCUCUGACCUGCGUGACAUCACUUCCUGGCUGGGGUGGGUAACGCCGGAGCUGGAGAGAGUGCAGGUUCGCGAGACCCCCACCAGCAUCCAAGACAUGGAGGCUAGGGUCAAACAACUCAAGGAGAUGCAGAAGGUAUUUGCUCACUACAAGGCCGUCAUGCUGUCGCUUAACCUGGGCGGUCGUGAGUUGGGGGGGUGUGACGGUCCGGAGGCUCGGGAGCUAGGGGAGGGCCUGGCUAGUAUGAACCAGGGCUGGAUGCUGGCCUGCACUGGCCUGGAGGAGUGGCAGGACAGUCUGCGUACCACUGUCAUGCGCUGUCAGGAGUUCCACGAGACGCUGCACUCCCUGCUUCUGUGGCUGGCCCAUGCCGAGAGCAGGCGCUACGCCGUCGACAUCCACCACCCGGACACGCCGCCAGGCACGCUGUUGGAGCACCGCAGCACACUCACUGGCCUGCAGAAUGAGUUGCGGGCGAGACAGAGCCAGGUGGGCGCGCUCCAGGGGCUGUGGAACCAGCUGCAGCCAGCGGAGGAGGGGGGGGGAGGGGAGGAGAGCGUAGAAGCUCGGGAGAAGCUCCACGUGACAGCCAACAAACUGUGGACGCUGCUCCGCCAGGUGGCCCACGACCUCAGCGUCGUGCAGGAGCGCCUGGAAUGUGGGACUCUAUCUGCAGGUCCGGCUGCGGCUCGAGCUGCAGUUGAAAGUGAGGGCAGAGGGCAGGCGGAGGGAAGCCAGUCCCCGUCUAAUGCCAGUCAAGAGGAGGGCACCAAUACCACACCAACCUCAGCUGGCAGAAGGGGGGAGAAGAGGGACCCAACCCCACCUCGCUCCUUCUUCUACCGUGUGCUGCGAGCCGCCUUCCCCCUACACCUCCUCCUCCUCCUGGUCCUAGUGCUGGCCUGCCUGGUGCCCCUGGCUGAGAACGACCACAGCUGCACACUGUCCAACAACUUUGCCCGCUCCUUCUACCCCAUGUUGCGCUACACCAAUGGCCCACCACCCACCUGAUACAAACACUGACAUGCGUGGCCUGCUUCCAAAGCUAACCAAUCGAUACUCUCUGCUUAAGAGCUGGAGAGAGGACAUUGUUACGGUCCCAAAAUUUUAUUUUAAAUUUCUAUAUUUAUAGAUUUGAAUUUAUUAUUAAUUUAUUCCCUUAAAAAAAGCCAUACCGAUGUUCAAUUUCUAUAAAACAAUUGAUGUGAUCCACCCAUUUGGAACUCUUGCCGCUAACGUCACUCGCAAGUACUUUAUUUCAAAGGAGACUUGUUUUUGUGAGGUUGUGUUCUGCUUGUAAAGAUUUCUAUCGUAAUGAUUUGCCCAUCAAGCCAUGUAUUGAAGUAGCAGUCUGUUGUAGGACCUAUCCAGUCCACAACAGCUUUAUAUUGAUGUUCUUUCAGAAUAAUGUCAUCUGCACUCAUUCAAAAAUGCCUUCUGUAAGCGUCUACUAUUCAAAUGGUCAAAUUUUGCGACCCUUUGACUUGGCUGUGCGAGUGAAAUUUUUAAUUGGUCGCACUGGUGCGAGCUGCACGUUCUACCUGGUCGCCUCAUUCAAAACUUUCCAUUUUGAGGCGGAUAAAACCAAUGAAUUUGUUAAAGUGCAUUAUCCUCAUGAUUCUUGUAAUAAAUGUGUUUGCCCUGCCGCUGUGCCUGCCUCGCUGGGACCGGCUGCAGUAAUGAGCGACUCUCUCACACUCUUUCUCCCCCCUCGUGAUUGCAUAACAUUUCAAAAACAACACUUUGGAAGUAACUAGUCUCAGCUUUCUGUAGGUAUAAUUUUUUUCUCAACAAUCAUUAUUGAGCUCAAAGCACACUGUUUUAUAAUUAUCUUAUAUGGCUUUGGAAUACGGAGAGCGUGAAAUUUUGCAUCAGCAAGUGCAGUAAACCUCAUUGCAGUUUUUUUUGGGACAUUACAUUUACUGUUAGAUUAAUACAUGCCUACUAGCAGUAGGUGUUGUAUUUGGAGUUAGCGAUCUAGCUAAUGUGUUUUGGCGUUUCCACUUCCUCCGGUGGUGAAAUAGCACCAAUUAAACUAGGCCUAUAUAUAAUAUUAGUGCACAUACCGAUAAAGCCAAAUUCAUCUCUAUUUAACAAAAAAAAAAAUCAUCGGGAAAUUCUGGAGCCCUAUUUUGGCAGUAAAAUAUAACAAAAAAUUGCCUAAUUGUCAACCCACUGGAUUAGGUUCCGUACCAAAAUAUGUUUAAUCCUGCUUGGACAUGUUAGAAGUAAUAACUUGUUUAUUGAAAACAAUUUCAGUAGUCCCUUCCACUUCUUAAUAAUGCAUUGUGAAUGACUAUAAGAUGACUGAAAUGUAUUUUAUUGUGUGACCCUGCAAAUUGUAAUGGGGGAGUGUUAUCAGUGAAACACCUAGGAAACAUUUUAGUUUGGAGACCUGGAUCAGUGUGUAUGAAUUAUGUGCACUGUAUUAAUUCCAAAUAAUAUAAUUUUGAUGUUCUUCACCUCUGAACAUGCACAAGCAUUCGUGGUAGUUAAAUCAUAUCAGAAAGUGUAUAUUAAGGUAGCCAACAUGAAUGGGCGCCAUUUUGACACCAGAUUGUUUUUAAUUUUUUUAUGGAAGACAUGUUCUGUACGUCUUUAUUGUCCUCUCCUAUACUGCGGUCCCUUGAAAUAUGGAGCCACUUUUCCACACAUCGAUACUGUGUAACCAAUCAAGAGUACAUCUGUCAAACUGAAUAUUUUGUAAGGGGAAGAAUUUGAAGAGCGGAAGAGUAUUCUUUUCACGAUUAAUGAGACAUUGUCCAG